AUGGUUCUUGAUACUAUUCAGCAAGCACAGCUCCCUCUCUCUGUUCCCCGGGUUGUACCGACUCAAUCGAUCAAUAUGCAAGUCAAGCACCUCCUCCAAGCCCCUCUCCUCUUCGCGGCCUUGGUCUCCGCCCACCCCGGCCACGAGGAGAAGCUCGCAACGCGCGACCUUCUCGAAUACAAAGCGCACCUGCGCCGUGGUCUAUCCAACUGCGCCGCAACCUUUGACGAAACCGGCUUGACAGCCCGCGCCAUCGCCCGGCGCGCCCAAAUCACCGCCGACUACCGCCUCAAACACGCCUCCGCCAAAGCCAAAGCCAAGCGCGACACCGACGACGUCCUCGACACCUCGCACCUCUCCUCGGAGAACUACACGCUGUCCACCGCUGAGUCCGAAAUCUUCGGAACCUCGACCAGCACCUGCGUCCUGAACCCCGAGGGCGAAACGGGUCCCUUUUGGGUAAACGGCGAGUUAAUCCGCACCGACAUCCUCGAAUCCCAGCCUGGCGUCCCCGUCGUCCUGGAAUACCAAUUCGUCGACGUAAGCACGUGCCAACCUCUCGUCGGCAUCUACGCUGAUACCUGGUCCUGCAACGCGACGGGCGUGUACUCGGGCGUGCAGGGCAACGGAAACGGCGAUAGUAGUGACGACUCCAUCCUCUCCGAAACAUUCCUCCGCGGCGUGGGCAAGACGGACGACGAGGGCGUCGUCACCUUCAACACGCUUUUCCCGGGCCAUUACUCUGGCCGCACGACGCAUCACCACAUCAUCGUCCAUCUGAAUGCGACGCUGCUGAGCAACAAUACGUUGACGGGUGGCUCGGUCCCGCAUAUCGGGCAGCUUUUCUGGGAUCAGGAGUUGAUUUACAAGGUGGAGGAGACGGAGCCGUAUAACACGAAUACAGUGGAUAUCACGACCAACGAGGCGGAUCGAGUCUUUGGCGACGAGACGAGCGGGACGACCUCGGACCCGGUCCUGAACUAUGUCUAUCUCGGCGAGAGCCUUGAAGAUGGCCUCCUUGCUUGGGUCACCGUGGCAGUCGAUCUCUCGGCCGAGUAUGAUCCCGCAUACAGCUACAUCUGGACCGAAGACGGGAGCGAGGCCGUCUCGGGCCACAGCGAUGAUACCGUGAAUGGUGGCGGCGGUGGUGAUUUCCCCGGUGGCUCCGAGGGACCUGGUGGGUUUGGCGCCCCGACUGGUGCUCCGACUGGUAUACCCACUGAUGCUGCGAGUAGUACGGCGACUGUGACUGCGAGUGCGAGUGUGAGCUCAGAGACUGGGUCGGGGACCUCGGAUGCCGAAUCCGAGACGCCGACUGCCACAGGCGGUGCGUGUCGGGCGUGA